CUGUCGUUUUCUGGAGUACGGCUUCUCGGUUGCCGCACGCUACCACACUGGUAACGAGGGUGGGACCAGGAUGACUUGUCACUUGCUUCGAUUGCUGCUGAAGACGACUACCGCAGGGCCGGCGCUGCAAUGGCGAAGUUUUCAUCACAGGAGUUCCAGGACUUCCUCGAUGCCUGUGGCAUCAGGCGCACGUACAGCCCACCAUACCAUCCGGAAUCCAAUGGAGCUGCCGAGAGGAUGGUGCAAACCGUUAGGAGGAGCCUCCGCAAGCAGCUGUUGCACGACAAGGGAGAAAACGGCAGACCGCUGCGGGAGAGGCUGGACGACUUCUUGCUGGCAUAUCGGACAACACCUAGCACAAUAACAGCAUGCAGGAUCAAACUUGGGUGCGGAGGCCCCGAGAAGACACGGCACUGAGGACGUUGUGCGUCAUCGGGAGGCCCCAACCAUGCCCCAGCAGGCGUAUCAUGAAGCGGACACGGCAGCACCUCCCCCAGAGGAUGCAAUAACGCCGGAACCACCACCACCAGACGGGAAGGAAUUGCCACUGCCUGCUCCCCACAAUGACCAUCCUCGGACGCAAGCCGAAGUACCUUCCGACCCUCCACCAGUACUGCACCGAAGUCAGCGUGCCAGGAAACCUCCAGACCGAUAUGGGUCUCACGAUGUCCGCCACUGAAAAUAGUAAUGACGACGACGAUCUUGGGGGGGGGGGAGGAAUGUGAUGACGUAACGCCAAGCGCAUGCCGUGCCACUUCGUCAUCACGGGCACUGAUAUCAGCAGCGGAUAAGUAACCGCUGCCUAUAAAAAGCAUGUGCUAAAGAAUAA